GCAGUACACACAUGUAUCCCAAUGGCGUCAGUCGCGUACUUUCUCAUACUACAAGCCGUCACUGUUAUAGCCAAGAAUUGUGGCAAAGCAAAGGCGCCUUUUGAACUAGGGGAGUGGAACGGACACCUGCAGCACCUCGACGCGGCGACCAUAGAGAACAACCCAGUUUCAGCCGCAGAGGGACAAUUCUACGUGUACGAGAACACUUUCCCGAGACACACAAUAAAAUACAUUCACGUCGACAAUGUAGCCCAGAAAACGUGCGGAGCUGUGGCGACCUUAAAAAGGGGAGGAAUUGACGGAUCAUCAGUUCUGAUCAUUCUGCAUGCGGAGUCUAGCCAGGAAAUACGUUCCGUCGUAGACGUGUGGGGCGUGCCUAAGUCGGUCCCGCGUAAGAGAGAGAUGAAGCCGUUGGAAAGAGAGGGAGAGCUGAGGGAUAUGCAGUCGAAAUACUUGUUCAUGAAGGCGCGAGCGCUCAACCAUAAUACUUGGAGUGAUUCGCCGUCUGACACUGAGUAAAAGA